GUUAAUCCUCGAAAUGAAGAUGCUGAAACACCGCUGCACGUGGCCUGUUCGGAUGGAUACUUUCACACUGUCGAUCUUUUGUUGGGUCACAAUGGCAUCGAUGCCAAUGUGGUUGACGAAAAGGGAGACACACCACUGCAUGAGGCAGUUCGGGGGAAUCACCUUCAAGUUGUGGAGCUAUUACUCUCUCGGGGCAGCAAUGUCAACGAGAAGUCCAGCGACGGCAAUACUCCUCUCCAUUUGGCUGCAGGGUCAGAUCCGGAAUGGACAGAUGGUGUGAAAUCUAUAAUGAAACAGAGCGCUGUUGAGGUUAAUCCUCGAGAUGAAGAUGGUCGCACACCGCUGCACUUCGCCUGUGUUCGGGGACACUUGCACACUGUCGACAUUUUGUUGGGUCACAAUGGCACUGAUGUCAAUGUGGUUGACAACGAUGGAGACACACCACUGCAUAAGGCAGUUCGGGGGAAUCACCUUCAUGCUGUUGAGAUCUUACUAUCUCGGGGUUGUGACGUUAAUCCUCAAGAUGAUGAUGGUCAAACACCGCUGCACUUCGCCUGUUGGUUGGGAUACUUGCACACUGUCGAUCUUUUGUUGGGUCACAAUGGCAUCGAUGCCAAUGUGGUUUCCAACGAUGGAGACACACCACUGCAUAAGGCAGUUCAGCGGCAAGACAUGAUACAGGGUCAAAGAUGCUGAUCCAGGGUUCUGUUCAGUUGGAUAUUCAAAACAAUCAGAAAAGGACACCAUUGCUUGAAGCCGUUUCCCAGUGUCACCUCGGAAUGACACACCUGUUAAUAGCCCUGGGUGCAGACAUAAAUGCUGUUGAUGGUGAAGGUAACAGCUGUUUGCACCUAGCCAUGGCAACAGAAAAGUUUAAUUCCGAGGGUGCACCCUUGGAUUUACUAAACGAAGUAAGUUUUAAAAUUGUUUGUGUAUAUACAUGCGUGUGUGUCUGUGUGUGUGUGUCUGUGUGUGUCUGUGUGUGUGAGUGUGUGUGUGUCUGUGUGAUUUUGUAUAUUUGGGAGUC